CGGACACUUUCUGAGAAGCACGCAGGAGCCGGAAGUUGGUGGAGGAAGACGGGACCAUGAGAAAUAAUAGAUAAUGGCCUGGAAGAUGGGUCUCACGUGUCUCAUCAAGGAGGGAGCCCACACUGGCUUUGAAAUCUCCAGACCGAGGAUGAUUUUGAACUCCUGGUCCUCCAGUGCCCAUCUCCCAAGUGCUGGGAUUUCAGUUUUCCUUUCAGGGAGGGCUAGAUGCUUUCCAGUGUUGGAGUCAUUUCUGCUUCAGGCCGGAAGUAAUCUCUGCUGUCGGAAAAAAUCCACUACACCUGAUAAAACGAUUCCCAGUGUUGAUGUCUGUGAUGAGACUGCAAAAGAAUCCGGAAGUGCACUCAACAAGCUCUUCUCUUCAGAACAGCAGACUGCCAUCUUGCACGUACUGAACACAGCAUCUAGUAAAGAACUUGAAGCUUUCAAAUUGCUUCGUGGGAGAAAGUCCAUCAAUAUUGUAGAACACAGAAAAAAAUUUGGGCCAUUUGAAAAUUUGGAAAGUUUGAUAAAUGUGCCCUUGUUCCAAUACAAAACUGCUCUUCAAGUUUGUAACACCAUUCUUUGUCCAGAGACUGGAAGGGAAAAAAGAAAAUUACAGGAAAACCGGCUGCUGGGGAAGUUCAUCAAACCAGAUAUAGAAAGAAAGAGACUUAAGGCAGUUAAUAGUAUCGUAUCUAUUGUUUUUGGCACUCGAAGAAUUGCAUGGGCUCACCUCGAUCGUAAAUUGACAGUGCUGGACUGGCAGAAAAUUGAGUGUUGGAAAUUACUGAAUAAAACAUACACAUCAUCAGUCUACUUGGAAGAGAUUUCUUCCAUCAUUUCAAAGAUGCCUGGAGCAGAUUUCUAUGUUCUGGAAAAAACAGGACUUUCCAUUCAGAAGUCAUCUCUGUUUCCUAUACUGUUACAUUUCCAUAUCACAGAAGCCAUGCUGUAUGCCUUAUUAAAUACAACUUUUGCUCAGGAUGGCCAGCAUCAGGUGCUGAGCAUGAACAGAAAUACUGUGGGCAAGCACUUUAACCUGAUGAUUGGUGAUACUAGGACAAGCGGGAAAGAAAUAGUGAAUCAGCUCCUCUCUCAGUCUGUACUGAAGGCCGAGCCUCGGGUGUUCUUCCCACCAGAUAAAAUUGUGCGCUACAGACAGAUGUUUUCUGCAGACACACAGAGGAUUGAAGAACUGUAUGAUUCAUUGCUACAAGCUAUUGCUUUUUAUGAAUUAGCAGUGUUUGACACUGAGCAUUAAACUGAUGUUAACACACUCGGCUCUAAUGUUACAUUAAUUUAUUAGUCCUAGAGUUGUAAAGCCACCUGUUGUAAUCACUCAUGUAAAUCGUGAAGAAAGCAUGUUGCAAGUGUAUUUUCUAUGUUUAUAAAGCCAAACUGUGGGCUGAGAUCAAAUCAAUAAAUAUUUUGUGGAAUUCUA